AUGGCAUCAAGGAAAGGCCAAGAUAACAAACAGCUUACCAAGAGAGACAGAGAAAAGAAACAAGAAGGCAAGACUGAUAGGAGGCUCUCCUUUUCAGCGCCGUUGCUAACACAGAAACAGGAAAUAGACCAUCAGAAUGUUUCGGACUCUUCAUCUCAAUCACCCAAAGAAUCUGAGAAUCUGUCACCAAAGAGUCUACCAAAAAGGAAACUGACCUCUAAAGAUUAUAGCUCCAAAGAAUUACAUAGCUAUCUUGAGUCCUGCUUUGAACGACAAUUAGACAAGAUUAAGAAUGGGAUCCAUGAAGGUCUUAUGGAAUUUAAAACGGAGUUAAUACAGCUGGAAAAAAAAUUUAAGCAAAAUGAAGAAAAAUUAGAAGCUCUGGAAUUCCAGCAAGUCUCUGCAGAUGACAAUAUGAGAAAAGCAAAUCAAAAAAUAGCUGAAUUGGAACUCAAAAUUGCAGAUCUUGAAGAUAGGUCUCGACGUAAUAAUUUAAGAAUCCGCGGUAUUCCAGAAUCUGUUAAUAAUGAUAUACUGCAAGACCAUAUAACGGAGCUCUUAGUGCAAUUAGGCAUUCAAAUGACAAAUCCAUUGAAUUCUCUGGAAAGAUGCCAUAGAAUUAUGAAACCAGAUUUUGUGGCGCAAGGCGAGCCUAGAGACGUAAUGAUCUGCUGCUCGACAUAUAAAAUGAAAGAACAAGCCUUAAAAGCAGCUAAACUCAUUAAACUGAAUGAUCCAUACACUAAUAUCAUAAUUUUUCCGGAUAUUUCAUAUUAUACUAGGGCUAAAAGAAAACCGUUUGCAUUAUAA